AUGCUUUCCCACACACAGGUCGAAUCUAAUGCUUCAGCGCUCGCCAAAGAUGUUGCUUCACAUUGGCUUUGUGAUAUUCCUGGUUGGAAGAUUGGGGAUCUUGUGGCAUUAGUCUCCGCAGAGGUUUUGUCGACGGAGAGCAAGAACUGGUCCAGUACAUCCACCACGGGCUCGACCUCCACGACAUACCAGCAGUUGACACUCAACCACAACACGGUGGAGGACCAGACCGACUGUGUAUCCUCAGACGGAAGGAUAUCUCUUCACCUGGCCUCUUGGAAUCAUACAUAUCGACUGUUUGCCUUCUACCAGGUCCGAACUCACGCCAAAAACAUCGAGUAUGCAAGUAAGGCGUCGACCAAUAUCUUCGAUAAUGGCUCCUAUAGUGUCGAUCACUUCAGUUCCCGGGUGCAGAGACGAUUAUCAACUUCUGGGAGGAUAGCAUUCUUCCAGAAACAUGACUAUUCUCUCCGACCACACUUGCCUUUGUUGCUCUCCCGGAGCAACAAUAUCGGACUGCAAAGUCCCGCUGACAGUGCCCUGGACUGUAUUCUCGACACACCCGAUCAGGGUCAAGGAUACGUGAAUGACUAUCACAGUUCCCUUGUCGACGGCUACCGCGAGUAUCUGCAGACCCUGGCGGAGUGGGAGCACUCACGUUUGAAUCUGCAGCUGUUGGCCCAGGUCCUGUAUGACUUUCCCAUGGACAUGGCGGCAAAUAUCCCAUUUGUUGACGCUCCUGAAUGCGAAAGUCUAGCCUUUAUGGAAAGUAUUGAUGUGUGCCGGUAA